GGGAUGGCCUGUCGCCUGCACAGAGGGCCCUGUACAGGGAUGUGAUGCUGGAGAAUUACAGGAAUGUGGCUUCCCUGGGAUUUCCACUUCUCAAACCUGCUAUGAUCUCACAACUAGAGGGAAAAGGUUUAUUACUGUCCAGGGCAGAGCUAUUUGCUCAGACCCUAAAGAUCAGUCUUGUGAAGAAGGCACUUAAAUCCCUCCAUGCUUCAUGAUGCCAUAAGGCCUACCACCUGGAAGACCCAAUAUCCUGAGGCUUUGGCUUCACUGCCCUAGCCCCAGUUGCUGGAUCCUCAGCCCCUGAGACGUCUGUUCCCACACAAAAGCAUUUUUUCAGCUAGAAGCCUGGGUCCAGAGGACCAGGAUGAACUGGGAACCUAGGAUCUGUUUGGUGGAAUCCUAGUGCCAGAAGGUUCAGGCACUCAAGUGAGCCAACAACAUGAGUCGUGUGAGUGAGAAUGAAAAGGACUCAGUCAGGAUACUCAAGAAUUGUGAUGAAACUCAGGAGAUAAAGAACAUGCCAGAAAGCUCCAUUGGUUCUUCUCAGCAUGAGGAACAAGCAUACCACCAACAGGACCUUGUGGAUGGAACACCCCAGCCACUCUCACUGAUCUCAAUACAGCAUGACCAUAUUUACCAGGAGACAAGCCACAUGACCCAGAAGCAGUGGGAUUUCCAUGCCCAGGAUGUAUCUGGGCCCCAGGCUUCAUGGUUUUCAGAGACAGAACUAGAAAGUGCCAUUGACCAAAAGUUCCUGAUGGGGACCAGGGUUACUGGUCAGCUCUUUUCAUCCUUAUUCACUGAUGAAGCCUCCUCACUCCUCAAAUCCAUUCCUCCUGUUCCAGAUGAGGUAGUGGUCAAGCCAAAGGCCCCAUGUAACCUCUGGAGGGCUGGCACACUCCAGCAUGGGAAGCAAGUCAAUGCCAUUGCCAUCAGCAGUGCACCACACCAUGUGUACACGUGUGGCACUGGCUACAUCAGGAUUUGGGAUGAGAGUGCUCUGUGUGCCUCAGACAAAGCGCCUCAGGCCCAGCUGAACUUUCAGGACCCUCGGACCCGUGUCCUCACCUGCAAGCUCUUCCCAGAUGAGCAGAGUCUGAUCACAGGGGGUGUGGCCCAGGCCCUGACUCUCUGGGACCUGGCGCCCACACCCCAAAUCAAGGCCCAACUGGCCUCGUCGGGCCCUGUGUGCUACUCUUUGGCCCUUUCCUCUGAUGCCCACAUUUGCUUGGCUUCUUUCAAAGGAUUUGUGGAGAUCUGGGAUGUGCAGAACCAAAUCUUGAUCAGGAAACUUGAAGUCCCUUCCUAUGGGUCCCGCUGUGUGGACAUCACAGGGCAUAAGUUCUGGACAGGUGGCGAAGAUACCAAACUGUAUUCCUGGGACCUGAGGAGCUAUCAGAGGCUGCAGCAACACAAUUUACGUAAUGAGAUCCUCAGCAUUAGCCAUGAUCCUAGUGAGGAAUGGGUGUUAGUGGGCUUGAAAAUGAGUGACAUCGUAAUCGUACAUGCUCAUCGGGGGGAGAAGUUCAAGGCUCUAGUACAAAAAUACACGCAGCACCACAACCUCAAGUUUGCCUCCUGUGGAAACUAUUUUGUGUCCACGCGGAAUGAGACGGUCCAGUGCUUUGCGGCACCUUCUCUGCAAAAGCUGUUCCAGACAAAGGAGUAUUACGACGUUCUGUGUUGUGACAUGUCCCCUGAUAACCAGUAUCUGGUCACGGGCUCCAGGGACGGUGCAAGAGUGUACCAGCUCUUAUAUUGAAGAUUGGGGGCCGUGGUCCUGUAGUGACAACCCAGAGAAGACCAAUGCGAUCUCAAGGGGCUGGGCAGCUUCAGCAUCUGCCCCUGUCCAUGCUUGGACCUCAUGGUCGCAUGUUUGUUUCACCUCCACUUGCUAUCCCUCCAUCCUGUACUCCCAGGUUUUGGUUACCAGACUUGGGACCUUUUCUUUUGUUAUUUUAUUCCUGUCACUGAUCUCUGUA